AUGACCUUAUUGAGGACCUGCCUCGUCUUGGCCUGCGCCAACACUCUUUUCAAUACUCGCGACUCUAGCUCACCCAACUUCCACAAGGCCGCCGUCGUCGCCAGGAGAACGACCCGCCUCCACGCUUCCUACCACCCACAUCAACUCCCCCGACACUCAUUCGCCACUUUCCCGCGGCCGGGCAGCCGACGGAGAACACAGCGCAGCGCUUCUCCCCUCCGUUCUUUUUAUUAUCGUUCCAAGCUCGCACAAUCCCUCACGAGACGGGCCGUAGGAUCUCGCCGUCCAUCGCAGGCAACAGAGGAUAUGGAUGAGAUGGUGCUCCUCCAGCGAAGCAUGGACGAGAACCUGCGAAACGGCGCUUUGACCCCGGAGGACCGGCGCCACUCCAGCCGUGCCGGCAGCCGUGACGACACGAAGCCACGACGCUUCCCGGACGAGUCUAUCACAUCGCCUUCCUCACAGACAGAAGACUUCGCCUCGGAGACCCGGUCCGCCCGGUCUGCCUCUACCACCUCGCGAAGCACCAACAGACUCUCCUUGACGCUACCUAUUGUACCACCCACGGCUUACCCACUUCGGUCAACUCCUGCUUCAACUACCACUCCCGCGUUCCCCCCAACACCCCUUGAUACACCGGCUUUGAUGUCCCCCGUUGACCCGAACGACCUGAUUACCGCGAUAGCAGCGCAGGAACGCCGCGUCCUGGAAUUGCGGGAGGAACUCAACCGGGCCGAGUCAGAUCUUUCCAAGCUCAAGAAACAAUGGGCAACCCAUGAAGCCUACAAGAAGCGAACUGGACGCCGGAACGUCGAGCCAGCCGCGGGUCUUGGACCGGCCGCUGAACUGCAGGAUGAAACUGCAAUUAGGCGCAGCGCCGAGAUUGACAGGCGAAAGGCGUUGCUCGGCCAGAACAACCCGCUUGCGACCCCAGAAAGGAGCAGGCGGCGUGUUUUCACUGGGAGACAUACCCGCACUCUAUCACUCCUUUCCCCAACGCGGCCGGUCAGUUCGUUUUCCGCCACUACCGAUGACGAGCCGGAGAGCGCAGGACCGUCUGAACCCGGUGAUCGCUUCAACAGCCCCGAGUCGCUCGCCCUACAGGCCAAGCGCGCAUCCUGGGCCGCGCGCACGACGCAAACGGCCGGCGUGAAGCAGCUCGCGGAGGACCUUAAGACGGGACUCUGGACCUUCAUGGAGGAUCUGCGCCAGGCGACGGUUGGCGACGAGCCGAUCACGGGACAGGGAAACUACAUGCGCGGCACAGACGGCAACAUGAAGUCGGCCACGGGGUCAAGCGGCGACCAGGAUACCAUCCGCGCGCCCAAUGCGCCGCGGCCGCGUCUCUCGUCCGCUUUUGACGACCCAGCCAAGGCUUCCGAGGACGCGGAUAAUAAUGACGGAAACGACGAUCCCCAAGGUCUCCCUCGGCCCCGUCUCCUCCGUCGCUCGCAAACCGAUGCCGGCGCCCGCGGCGGAGCUAAGCGCUUCUCCUGGACUCCCCUAACCAUCGAUGCCUACGAUGACAACGACUGGUCCAACUGGGACACCCCGGGCGUCUCCUCCCCACGCUGGAGCGGCACCACCGUCAACGGCGACAUCAUCCCGACCAUUCCCGAGAAGCGCGCCGACGAGGGCGAGAAUACGUCUCUCAGCGGCAGCAGCAUCAACAGCAGCCACAACACCUCGCGCUCCACCUCCCCCCACCAGACAGCGUCGGCCUCGCCCGCCUCGUUGAGUCCCAAGAGACUUGAGGAUCUACUCCCGCAAGCCUUGAACAAGCUGAAGCCGAGCAACCUCAAGCGGACCGCGGACGACUUUAUGAAGGAGUGGGAGCGCAGUCUGGCGUCGCCUGAGGAGGUUGAGCCGACUAUCGAGAUGGCAUGA